AUGUACGACUUUUGUGUCGGUUGCAGAAGAAGGAAAUUAUUGCUUUAUGUGUUCAAUAAAAAUUGCAACUCAUCAUUUGUUACAGACUUGCUGGCAGCACAAAACAACCUACUCAGGAAUCCCUCUCACGAACUGAGGGCAGCAUGCUUUUUGCCUCUGAAGUUGGCUUUGGAAAGCAAAAGAAGCAAGCUUGUUUCACUGUCUCUAACCGGAUUGAAUAAAAUAAUAAGAGACGAGCGCUUCCAAUCGGGUCCCGAGCCAGAAGACGACUCCUUGUGGCUGCCCGCCCAACUCCUGUUCGCCACCUCGUCCACGCCUGCGCAAUGCGAGGACACGCAGGUCCACGUGCUGCGCGUCGUGCUGAGUCUCGCGUGCUCAGCUGGAUGGGCGCUCAACGGACGGCUCGUCAUGCUGAUGCUGGGCAGGUGCGCAGAAGCGUACGACGCUGGUACGCAGCCGGUGAGGGCGGCUGCGCAAGCUGCGGCCAGUCAGACUCUCACGGCGUUCUGCACGUUUUUGGGUGAGUAUUCAGUCAGGGCCAUAGACAAACCAAAAAUAAAGAGACUUUUCAAAACAUAG